AUGGAGAUUGAUUCCUCCCCUAUUGGUCGGUGUUCUAAGGAACACCAGAAGAUCUACCAAAGUUGGUUUUCUGUCGCUGAUUCAGAUGGAGAUGGCCGUAUCACCGGCCCCGAUGCCAUCAAGUUCUUCUCCAUGUCUAACUUGUCUCGCCAAGAUCUCAAACAGGUGUGGGCAGUUGCCGAUUCAAGGAGGCAAGGUUUUCUUGGAUUAAAAGAGUUCAUUGCAGCGAUGCAGUUAGUCUCUUUGGCACAAGCUGGCUAUACUAUCACCAGUGAUUUUUCAGCCUAUGAUGGAGUUGACUUUGGUGACCUGCAACUUCCAAUCAUGGAGGGUCUGGAUACACUCCUAGCUAAGAAAAGGCGCUCAUCUGGUUCACCUGAAAAUAAUGGAAGUUCUCAAGCGCAAUCGUCACCAGCAGCUGGUUGGUUUUCUUCCACCAAAUCGGCAAAGAAGGUAUCUUUGAACUCCGUAACAUCGGUUGUUGAUGGGUUGAAGAAGUUGUACGUUCAGAAGUUGAAGCCCCUGGAAGUAACCUAUCGGUUUAACGAUUUUGUUUCUCCAUUACUGGGCAAUAGUGAUUUCGACGCUAAACCUAUGGUGAUGUUACUGGGUCAAUACUCAACCGGGAAGACGACAUUUAUCAAACAUUUGCUCAGAUCAAGUUACCCAGGUGCUCACAUUGGACCAGAGCCUACCACCGACAGAUUUGUUGUUGUGAUGAAUGGACCUGAUGAGAGAAGCAUCCCAGGGAACACCGUUGCUGUUCAUGCAGAUAUGCCUUUCAGUGGUCUCACUACUUUUGGAAGUGCAUUCCUGUCCAAAUUUGAGUGUUCACAAAUGCCGCAUCCUCUGCUGGAGCAUAUUACAUUUGUUGACACUCCUGGAGUUUUAUCUGGAGAAAAGCAGCGCACACAAAGAAGUUAUGACUUCACCGGUGUCACAUCUUGGUUUGCAGCGAAAUGCGAUCUCAUCCUGCUUCUGUUUGAUCCUCACAAACUUGAUAUAAGUGAUGAAUUUAAAAGAGUCAUUGGAUCUUUACGAGGCCAUGAUGAUAAAAUUCGUGUGGUUUUGAACAAGGCUGAUCAAGUUGAUACACAACAACUUAUGCGGGUUUAUGGAGCAUUGAUGUGGUCCCUUGGGAAAGUGCUAAAUACUCCUGAAGUUAACCGUGUAUAUAUUGGCUCAUUUAAUGACAAGCCUAUAAAUGAGGCUGCUGCGGGUCCUAUUGGCAGAGAGCUUUUUGAGAAAGAACAGGAUGACCUUCUCUCUGAUCUGAAAGACAUACCGAAGAAGGCCUGUGAUCGUCGUAUAAAUGAGUUUGUAAAACGUGCUAGGGCUGCUAAGAUACAUGCUUACAUUAUCAGUCAUCUUAAAAAAGAGAUGCCUGCAAUGAUGGGCAAAGCUAAGACACAGCAGAGACUCAUUGAUAACCUCCCCGAGGAAUUUGCAAAGGUUCAGAGGGAAUAUCAUCUCCCGGCAGGGGAUUUCCCAAACGCGGAGCACUUUAGGGAGGUUUUAAGUGGCUACAGCAUAGAUAAGUUCGAGAAGCUGAAACCUAAAAUGAUACAAUCGGUUGAUGACAUGCUCGGCUAUGACAUCCCUGAACUCUUGAAGAAUUUUCGCAAUCCUUAUGAUUAG